AUGGACGAGCAACCGCGGUUGAUGCACUCUCAUGCGGGAGUAGGGAUGGCAGGGCAUCCCGGCCUGUCUCAACACAUGGAAGGCACCGGAGGAACAGACGGCGAUGGGAGAAAACAGGACAUUGGAGACAUUUUACAGCAAAUAAUGACCAUCACAGAUCAAAGUCUGGAUGAAGCUCAAGCUAGGUAAGGUGCUAGGGACCUACCUUGUCAAAAUGGGCAGCGAAUCAUUAUGGCAAACUACUCUAUGCAUUCAAUAUCGAUGGAUAAUAAGACAUUUCAAACCCGUCAGAUUUUUUGUGAAAAAUAUUAUAUUGAUGAAUUGAAAAUAAUUAGGUAUUCGCGCCCAACAGCCUACAAUAAUGAUAAGCGGGCGAGCGCGCAUUUGGUAAAAUAAUGACAUCCAAAGUGCACCAGUUACUGAAAAUACACUUUGAAGUUCUAUUAUUAUUAAUAUUUAGAAAACAGAUCAUUUUCUCCUGACUUUCCAGAAAUUAUAGACCGUAAAAUUGCAGCAGUUUAGCCUACAGGCUGCAACUAUAGAUUCAAAGUGUUUUCACACUACUGACAAAUCAAUAAUGACUCGCAAAUUUGACAUCUCAAGUUUGUGGAUGCGAUCUGUCAUCAAAAUAACCAGCAUCACAUUGAUUGACAACAUCAUCAUUUUGAUUAACUUUUGUGCAAACACAGCUCUCUCAGUCACUCCAGGCAAAAUAUAACUGAUAAGGCACAGCCUAAAUCUAAAAUAAAUCGAGACUAGGCUAUUAGGCUAUCAUUUGUUAUUUACAUGGGCAAUACAAUAGGCUAUUGGUAGUAAUUGCAGAAAAUAAUUUGCAUCCAGUUAUUAGAUAUUUUGUUGACUCAGACGCUAAAGAGAAGUACUCAGACGUGCAUGGUGCGCGUAGGCUAUGUGUUUAGUCUAUAUCGUGGAGGGCGGGCAGCAGAGAGGAAUCUGUCAAAAUGCCAUGAAGCUCUUUGGACAACCUUUUCCACAGUCCUGUGUUUCACUGCGAUAUACAUGACUGUAAUUUAUACAAAGUCAACAACAAACAAGACAUGUAAUAAUUGUUGAUAAUACUUUACCUUUCUAAACAAAAAAUUACAUCUUCAAAACUGUUGUAUAAAUUAUUGUUGGUAUUGUUGCUCAAUCAGUCCAGAACUCAGCAUGAUUUUUUGCAUGAUAUUUUUAGGCAGUUACAAGUAGCCAUAUAUUCCAGUUUACUUUCUUUACUUACUUCCGAUAAUAAUAAUAAUAAUAAUAUUAAUAAUAGGCCUAUACAUAUUAACAUGUCAUUUUUAAAAUAUUACAUAUGCUAUUUUACUUUUGAGACUAAGCAUGUAUAUAAAAAAUACAGCAGCCUAUUAAUAAAAAAGGUUGAUGUAAUGCGCAAUUGUAUCACACAAUUGCCUGUCUCCAUAAUUUGCGGCACAUGCUUCAAUAAACCCGUUAUAGCCUAACUAUGUUAUUAAGAUAAUUUUUGAAGGUACUUUGUUUUGUUUUAGGAAACACGCCUUGAAUUGCCACAGGAUGAAGCCUGCUCUCUUCAACGUCUUGUGUGAAAUCAAAGAAAAAACA